AUGGUGACAGAAGUCUAUGGUAGUGGCCAAGAUGCUCACGUUGAUCACGCCAACGUGGAUGACGUAGCCGCCGGAGAUCCAAUUGAUUUUCUGGACAUGACGAGGCAAAGUCCUUCCCGGUCCGACCCGCGGAGAGUCGUCCCAACCAUCUCCAUCAUCGUGUACUUUAAUUCUGUCGGUGGAAUUCGAUUUCCGUAUGCCGACGGAAUGCAAACAAUUGCGGGCAAGCGUGGGCGAAUGAUCUUCUUCGAGAACUAUGACGAUGGUGCCAGGCCCAUGCACGCGACAUCGGCUACGCACUAUGGUAUUUACUUUGAGCAAGUGCCGAAGCGUAUUUUAGUCAUGGGCGUGUUGGCAAACAAGACGCCUUCCAUGGACAGAAGUGCAGAGCCUACCAAAGGGUUGAUCUACUGUGCUGGUACAGAGAGGGACCCUCUCUUCCACGACAACCCUUCGUACGACCAGUACAACGCCGUCAGAUGGAAGGCCAUGGACGCGGCUGCUAAGCCUGAUCUGAUCGUUUCACUGGAUGUGAGUUGUUCGAAGGGAGAUUGCGCAGUCUUGGGGCGAAACCUUGCCGGGGAAGAGGUCUUCAACACACAGUGCAGCAAGGACACGAGCUUGAAAUUCCUCAUGGACCAGAUCAAAGUGAAGGUGGAUCCUGGCGACGCCCGCAAGGUGAUUCUAUGUCGAAUGGACGGGCAACUCUUGACCGAAGAGCACAUGAGCCAGAAACUUGAUGAGUGCUUCAAGGACCUCAUGGAGGGAAAAAGUCGCAUGACAGCCUCAACAUGCUUCGGACUCUGUGGGUCAUCAACCUCGCCGUAG